CUCAAUCUCUCUUCUCGCCGCCGCGUCCACUAGCCGGUGAAGAGCGAGCUCCCUCCAAUUCACCUCUCUCUCUCUCUCUCUCUCUCUCUCUCUCUCUUCUUAGCUCGCAGUCGUCGUUCACUAUUUUGCUGACAAGACCGCCGCUAGAGAAGGUGUGGAGCAGAGGCCAAUAUCGAUGACGGAGUCGGUGAGCGCGCCUGAAGUGGUGACGAGUGACGACGAUGAAGCGGUGAGAGCGCCUGAAAUGAUGGUGGUGGCAGACGAGCUUCCUUUUCUCCAUUUCUCGAAGCGUGCUUCCUUGACAUCCUGUACUAUCUCGCUGAUGUUCGCGCAGGUGACCGUCCCUGGGCUAGCUAGGCUCGUCCUCCCUAUAAGCUUGCUCUAGCUCCGAAACUCCUUCAUCCCCUGCCGCAAAUCGUGAGAGAUCCGCUUCAUGGCGACUUCAAUCUUUGAACUGGGGAGGAUUCCUCUGUAUACUUUCCCGAACCCGCGCGGCCGGAGAACCUCCUUCUCCUUGAAACCGUGGAUCGCUCUGUAUAGAUCCUUGUAAUAGAGAUGUUGCCGGUUAUAUUCCCUCUCGCAAUCUUCUGUCAGCUCUCUGUACCUCCUCAAUCGGACUAGGUAACUCCAACAGCGAUUGCAACGAGAGAGAGAGAGAUAAAAUUACCAGGAAGACCUUCGGCACGGUGUAAUUUUUUGUCGCCUUGCUCGGCUAGGGAGAGACGGGGAGAAGGCGGAGAUCCAGGCAUCCAGUGGCGGGGGUUCUUGUUCCCUGUUUCGCCGAAGCCCCACUAUUAUGGACUGCGCACUAUAGGACGAGAGGGAGUGUAACACUCCGACCUUUGGGUUAGGUUCGACCUUAAUACGUGAUCGGUUGGGUUGACGGUUAAGUACUAAGAGUUACAACCGUGAAUUAAGAUUAUUAUUAUUAUUAUUAUUAUUAUUAUUAUCAAUUAAAAAAAAUACAUUUGCUCGGUCGGGCCGAGCGGCCCACUCCACCAAUUAUUCCCCACUCCCCCAACAUAAACCAAACUUCCCCUUUCCCAAAUUAGUUCCCCAGCGAAGCAACUCCUCUCCCCAGCGAGCAACCCCCGCCGCCAGCACUCUCCCUAGCGAGACCGAGAAGAAAAAAGAAGAAGAGGGGGCGUCGGUCCUUUCCCCCCACCACCGCCACCUUGAGCCGACCCCGGUCCCAAUUCCCCCGACCCAUCUGAUCCCUAUAGUAUUUCUAGGUAAGGAUUGCUAAUCCUUUCACGAUAUUCAAACCCGACUCAUUGAUAGUCUAAUCCGAAACUUGUAAUUUUGUACUAUAGCGUUUGCGGUGAGAUUUUAGGGUUUGAUCAUCGAUCAACGAGGAUAUCAACGUCCCGGGUCAUCCAAUCGAGUCCUAUGCACGUUCAAGAGGUAAGGGAACUCGAUCCCUUUGAGUUAGAUCGAUCGAUUUGGUGAUUUUUCGUGAGAAUACAAUUCUGGGUUUUGGCAACAGGCUUUAUUGGCUUUUAGUGACAGAUUUUGGAUGUCACUAAAGCUGCUGGGAAUUUGCAAAAUUGUAUUUAUGGAUGCUUCAAUUGUUUUGAGCAUCUGUGGGUGUAUAUUUCUAGAUUUAACAAUUUUAUAAAUUGAGCGGGGUCUAGGUGAUGGCUUUGAUUUAAUUUGGGGAUAUUUGAAAAUGUAUUACUAUUUUUCAAAAUUGGUCGAAUGUUCAUUUUAAUUAAAUAAAAAUCUUGCCGAUAGAUUUUUGGGGGUUUGAUAAUUUUUCUUGGUAUGUGUACUCACGAUUGACAUGGGAAAAUUAUUAUUCAUUUUUAAGAAGGUUCAAGUUAGAUGAAAAAUUUAUACAAGACAAAAAUAAUUAGGAAAAAUCGUCGGUUUUAAAGAGAUUAUUUCUAGAAAAAAUUUAAAAGGGGUUGAGGGACCUUCGUAGCGAGGCUCGAGGGCUGGAUUUUUGAGGAGAGGAUGUUCUACUGAUUCAAAAGAGGUUUUAAAUCGAGAAAAGUCGUCUAAGAAAAUGAAUUCUUAUUAAUAGGUUUCCCCGAGAUAAUCCGGCUAAGGAGGGGUUUCUUCGAGGAAGGAAUCGAGGAGUCAUCUUUUCGAGGUGAGUGUAAAGGGGGUAAAAUCUCUGUCGUAGGUCUUUUAGUUUAUGCUUUUCGUUCAAGUUAUUAAUUAGUUAAUUUUUGAGUUAUGCGCGAUAUGUAUGUGAGGCAUCCCACCGCCUAUAAGGGUGGAAGCACGCGUAGUGCUAUGUAUGAAUGUAUGGAUGCAUGAUUGUAAUAGUUGGUUAGUGGUAAGAUGAACCCCCGGGCGGUUGGGCCACUACUGGACGGCGAGACGUAAUGCAGUAGUUGACCGGGCAUGGACUGGACGGCGAGACGUAAUGCAGUGCCAUUGUCAAGUUUGGGUAUGCAACCGGACGGCGAGACGUAACGCGGUUGGCAUACUAGGGUAGGGAGACCGAACAACGAGACGUAAUGCGGUGGUCCCUAGGGAAUGGGUUAGGAUGAUUACUUGUUUUUAAGUAAUCACAUGGCAACCUCUUUAUAUACCAUUUGAUUAACUAUUUUUUCUUCUUUUUUAAUCUUACGGUCAAAAUUCUUUUAGGGUAAUUUUGAAAAUGAAAAUAUAAACACACCUGAAUAUUAUAUAUAAUCUACCCAAACCCUAGUUCUACCCUCCCUCUAGCCAAACCCGCCGUAGCCGCCUCCACCACUUCCGUCGCACAAAUCCCGCCGGCCGCCUACACCAGCCCCGUCGCACAAAUCCAGCCGGUGACCCUCGGCCAUCGCAGCGGCCUCCCACCCCUCCGAUCAGGUACCCGACCUCCCGCUGCUCUCUCUCUCUCUCUCUCUUAUUUCUCCCGCUACUCGUCUCUCUCUCUCUCUCUCUCUCUCUCUCCUGCUGCUCUCUCCUUCCCUCUCUAUCUCUUUAUCCAUUUGUCUACGAAUAGAUGUGGAAAUUACCAUCUGGUAAUUUAUAAUGGUAUUAAUUAAUGAAAUGGUAUACUUUGUUUAGGUAUUAGUUUACUGUUUUGUUGUAUGAAAAUGGUAUAGUGUGUUUGUCAUAAUGGUAUUGAUUUAAUUCUGCAAUGAUACUGUUUUGAUUUCACAAUAGUAGUUGUAUUGAUUGUAUUGGUAGUUUUAGUUUAAUGGUAUUAAUUUAUUUGUGCAAUGGUAUUGAUUUGAUUUCACAGUUGUAGUGGUAUUGGUUGUUUUGGUAUUUAUUUGAAUUUUGUAAUGGUAUAGAUUCUUUAUAUUGGUAGUUUUCGUGUAAUGUUAUAGAUUUAUCUCUGCAAUGGUAUUGAUGUUUUUCAAAGUGGUAGUGGUUGUCUAAUGGAUUGGUAGUGAUUUCGUGUUUUUUCUUUUGCAGAAAGAUUGAGAAAAAUAUGGAAAUGAGAUCUGGCUGGAGAUUACGGAAGUGAGAGAAAGAGAGAUAAUUGUAAUUAAUUAAUUUUUGUAACUACCUAAAAUGUAAUUUAUUAAAAAAAUUAAUUAAUAUAAUUUAUUUUUCCAUACCCAAUUUACCCUUAGUAACCACGGUGAUUACUACAAAAGUAGUAAUCACCAUAAUCGCUCCCUGGUCCCUAGUGUUGGUGUCUAUGGCUUCAGAAUAUAAGUAACGAAAUUCUAAAGAUAAGAUAGGAGUGGAGAUCUCUUAUAGACGGUUUGAUAACAAAGUAUAAAAGAUGAAAGCGAGAACGACUUUUGUCUAAGUCAAGACUCAAGAACCCUAAUAACGUGUCUAGUAAGGCGUUUCUUAGGGUGAAGACCUUAGGAAGUAACGACGAGACUGACCCCUUCUCACUCACCAGGUGCAGAGAGGGGUAGAGGACGCAUCCAUCAAGAGGAGGUUACCCGAGGAGAGCAGCCGGGACAAACCUGAAGAUGUCAACUGGAUCUGGGUAACGAGAUGGGACAUCCCAUUAUAUCUGUCUUUAGUUUCAUGUCUGAAUGAGUAUACUGGGAAACUCAAGGAUUGUGUUUUAUGUUUUGUUGCUCUGGAUUGAGGUCGCCCAAGUGUUUAGGGCAUUUCACUUGAGAAUCUUAAACAUUGUUGUUGUUGAUUUUUUGUUUUGAUUUGUAAACCUGUUUUGGGUUGCUCCGGAAUAACCGGUUUGUGGUUUGAGUUAUGGUUUGGUUUUGAAAAAGGAUCGGGUCGUUUCAGGGAGUCAAUAAAUUAUUUAUAUUUUUUAUAAGGAAUAAAUUAUUUAUAAUUUUAUUCCUCUGAAUGAGGUGGAAAAUAUAAAAAUUAAAUUUUAUUAUUUUAAAAUUGUCAUGUCACACAUUUAACGGUUAACUAUAAUAGUUGACUGCCACGUAAGCUAAAGUUAACGGAGUUGGACGGAGAGUGACCAAACUUGAAAUAUUUAACUAAUUUUAGUGACCACGAAUGGAAUUAAAUAUUUGUAGUGACCAUAUAUGAACGUUUAUGGUAAUCACUAUGACCAACUAUGCAAUUUACCCCUAUAGUUUCUACUUCUUUUCAGUGUGAGUGUGUGAUAGAGUUCAACCAUAAAAAGGUUAUGUCAUUACAUUUGUUGUAAAUAUGUUUAUUUGUGUGAACUAAUUAUGUGCAAAUGAACAUGGAAUGUUGGC